AUGGCGACCAAUGGUGAUUCCGGCCGAGGAACCGGGAGUCUGGUUGAUGCGUCCGGAUAUACUUUUACAGACAAGGACACCAAGCCCGGCAAGAUCAAGGUGAAAAAGACCUCCAAGGCGUCAACCAAGAAAAAAGCAGAUGAUCCCAAAGACGGUCCAGCCGACACCUCACCUACCUCCUCCCCUCUUCCCGUCAUUGAUAGUAAAGUCAUCACCGCAUUCCCGACCGGCAAGCCACGCGAGGAAGAUCUACUAGAAACCGUCAUUUGUAAGGUAUGCAGACGGCCUACGCUCAAAUCCACGGCAGCGGACCAUGUCCGUGGCUGCUUGAAGGCGAAGCAAGAAAAAGCACGCAAAAAGAAGGAAAUUCGCGAUGCGGCCAACCGCGCAAAGGCUGGAGACGACAGGGACGACGAUCCAAACGACAAAGAAGAUGGGUCUAUGAUGGGCCAGAAGAGCGCCAAGAAGAGCGCCGUCAAGGGAACCGAUGACAACCGGAAAGGCAAGAAGCGCAAGGCGGAUGAAGAUGAUGGCAAAGAGCCCAAGAAAAAGAAGAAGAAGGACGAGCUCAAGCCAAAGGCAGCUAAGCCGAAGGGCCCUGUCGACGUCGAGAAGCAGUGUGGUGUUACGCUACCGAAUGGCGCGCAGUGCGCUCGUUCCCUGACUUGCAAGAGCCACUCUAUGGGCGCCAAGCGAUCGGUGCCUGGGCGUACACUACCAUACGAUAUGCUGCUCCAGCAGUAUCAGAAGAAAAACCAGGCUCGUCAGCAGAAGGCCGCCAUCGAUGCCAAUGCUCCUUUGCAAGAAGACAUUGAAAACACAGGCCCUAUUGACUCUGACGAAGAGAGAGAUUCCGUCAUGGCAGCUAUUGCUCGCUCAGCACCUCAACCUCUCGUUCAACAUCCGUUAAUCACCACCAAGUCGAAGUAUCGAUAUGUCCGUAUCAAAGAGCAGAUGUCACAUGCCAUGGGAGUCCGGAGUGGCGGUGGAUUAUUCUCCAACGAUGAAAGCCAACCACUUUUUGGAAGUCAGCUCUUUGGACUCCCUUCUGCUGAUGUCGAGUCUUCUUCCGUAGACGCUCACGGAGAAGUGGAUGACAUGGAUAUCGGUGCGAGGACCGCCGUUCCAGGUGUACGCAAGACCCCAAUCACGGCAGGCUAA